ACGAAAGAGCGUGGGAAAUGUCGGGUGCUGCCCUUUCACGCGAACCACAACGAGCGCUUACUUACGCGGUGACAUCCACUAGCUGCAAGCUUGCCUCGAGCCUCUGCCUUCUUCCCCUUUGCUUUACUGUUCUGAUUGUUUAUCAAAACGUUUAGAGUAUCUCAAUUAAUCAAUUGCAAAGUUUCUGUUACUUCAAGAUACAUUUUCAAUCAAAAUGCAACCCAUUCCAAAUCGGUUAGGACUUGGUCUGCGUCCACCUUUGCCAUCAUACGGCCAGGGGCCCUCAAUGUCGGCUCUCGCACAGCAGCAACAGAUGCUUCACCAGGGCUUUGUCCCUCCUCAAGCACAGAAGUUGACAUCUCUGUUCGUGGGCUCGAUAUCUGGCGGUGUCACCGAUAGCUUUCUGAACAGACUUCUUGUGGCGUGUGGUCCCGUCAAGUCCUUCAAACGCCUUAUCACCCCAGCGAACAAGCCGCAGGGUUUUGGAUUUGCUGAGUUUGAAGAUCCUGACUCUGCCUUACGAUGUCUUGCUCUUUUGCAGGGUGUUGAGUUACCGGCACUCGAGGAUGGGUGUGCGAACAAGAAAUUACUGAUCAAAGCCGAUGAAAAGACAAAGCUUUUUCUGGAUGCCUACUCUGCACAAAAAAUGAAAACUGAUGCCGAUGAGACAAUGUUGCAACAAGCAAAAACCAAGGUUGAUGAAUUAGUAGCCGAGAUCAAUAAACAAUCGCAAGAAGCAGCCAACAACGGUCUUCUCGACAAAGAAAAAUAUGUUAUCCCACCACAUCUACACGAUCUUCAAGAAGCCGAUCUUCCUGAGACACAGCGUGGUCUUGUCAUAUCUGAAAUCGCCCAAUUUCGUGAACGAGCCGCAAAGCGGGAGCGGGAAAAGUUACGUGAUGUUCGUGAUGCCAUGCCACAGCUUGCACCUACCCCGAGCGGACCGAAAGUCCGCGAAUGGGGAAAGCCACAAACCCCACAAUCACCACAGGGUAUUCCUGGUAAAUCAGCACCCCGUGGAAAGGAUGCUCAGGGAUACAGCAAACCUGUGGGGUUUGUAAAAGCCGAAGAUGGUGCCGCUGCAAUGGGGUCUGAUGAUCGGAGUAUGCCGGGCAAGAGCGGAAAGACAGACGAGGAACUUGAAAAGGACCGCAAGGAAGCCAGGCGGCGAGACGAGGAGGUUUCUUUCCGGGACCGCGAACGUCGCUACGAGCCUCGAGAACGCACUCGUAUAGCAGCUCUGGAGCGUUCGAUAGCCCGUCAGAACGCAAUCAAAGAGGCAGAAGAGCGGGAUCGUGUUGAAAUGCAAGCUCGUUUGGAUGUUUGGGAUGAUGACGAAAGUGAUGAAAUGUUUUACGUCGACAGAACACGAUGGAGACAGACUCGUUCCCGUAGGCUUGCUGCAGAAGAAGCAACGGAUUCUGAGUCGCGCAUCUAUGAAGAACGUGAGACAGAGAAUCUUCGUGUCGAGUCUGAGAAAUUCCUCGCACGCCAGAUGGAGGACAUGCAAGCUCUUGCCGAAGAGCAGCGGAAAGCAGGCAUGCUUCUUGAUGACGGUGCGCCAGUCAAGCUUAGCGUAUCACUGAAUCCCCCGCCUGUCAAGGCAGAACCUAUUCCAAAGGACACGAAACCGACUGUGUUUGGACAGGAAGAGGAGGAGGAAGAGGGCAUCAAGAAGCGGAAGGUGCCUCUCGUUAAGCUUGACUUUAGCGCCACCGAAGGUGAUAAGGCCAAAGAACGCCUCCAGAUGAUCAAGGAAUCUGUACCCCACAAUAAGGAGGCGCUAUUUAAGGCAAAAGUCAGGUGGGAUGGUGUUUCAGAUCCCAUGAUUGACCGCAAGCUGGAGCCAUUGAUACGCCGUCGAAUGGUCAGCUAUCUCGGUGAACUAGAGGAUGACGACCUUGUCAUGUUUGUCGUGGAGCACCUUAAGGAUCACAAGGGGCCUCACAAGCUUAUCGAAGGGUUGGAGCCGGUGCGCCUUACAUAUAGUCGGUGUACCUCUCAUUCACUAAACAUCCAUAAACAGGUUUUGGAAGAAGAGGCACAAGAAUUCACCAUCAGUAUCUGGAGACAAAUAAUCUUCGAGAGCAUGGCAUACGGCGAAGGCCUGCACACGGAAAAGCUGAUGGUCGAUUGAACAGAGAGUGGGCUUUUCACGCUGGGGCUGCUCUGCUCAGGGGGCAGGUGCGUUGUAGCAUUAAUAUCAUGUCUGCUGAGGUGUAUGAGCUUCGAGAAGCAACUACACUACGCCAGAUGAGGAUUUAGGAUGCUUGAUAGGCUGCGGAAGGGCUAAAAGGGUGCAUCCGUAAGUACGUCAUUGACCUAUUCCCGUGACGAAUGAUACUUCUUUCUGAGCGUACGUGUAUCAAUCGAUCGGUGAAGACCUUUGGGAUGUUGCAAAUUGCACAUGGCACCUUGCUGUUGAGUUCUCAAGAUCUGCUUAACG